AUGCCAGAGGACAACUCGGAGAAGCUGGGCGUCGCACCGCUCGCCUGGGCCUCGGAGGUCAUCGGCAAGCACCCGGGCAGGGCCGUGAUCCUCUCGACCCACGAGUACCUCAACGACGCCCCGCCCGGCCGGACCCGCACGGGCGACGCCGUGUUUGGCGAGUUCGUCAGCGAGCACGACCAGGUCUUCCUCGUCCUCUCCGGGCACCACCACAACCACGAGGCGUCCGGCGAGGGGUCCGCCCUGAGCAACGACGGCGAGUGGCACCAGGUCAGCAAGAACCGCUUCGGCCGGGAGGUCGUCGAGGUGCUGCAGGACUUCCAGGACUACCCGCGGGGCGGGGACGGCUGGCUGCGCAUCGUCACCUUCGACCGAGAGCACGCCGAGCUGCGCUUCGAGACGUACAGCCCCGUGCUGGGCAGGUUCCAGGCGGAGACCGUCGCGGAGGACGGGCCGCGGGCCAGCAGGUUCCGCAUACCCCUCAACCUGACCGCGCGCCUGGGCGCCGCCCCGCGGCCCCGCGCCCCCUUGCAGACCUGGGGCCGCGGCGCCGCCGCCGCGCCCACUGCGGGGGCGCGGGCGUGAGUCGCGCAGCGAGAUGACACAAUUUUUGGGUUCAGGGUUUCCGGAAUCGGUCAGGCAGUCUCCACGCCUGCGUCGCCGAGGCGCCGCCGACGUCGCCGAUGCAUCGCCGACGCAUCGCCGAUGCGGCGUGAUCUUCCGACCCCAUCUACUCGGAUCCCACCUGCGCGGCCUCUAGAGUGGCAGGUUGGCGCGCUGAUGAGAGAUGGACUAGGGGGGAGCGGCGAUGGCCUCUCUCUUACAGAACUCUAGAGUGGCAGGCUUGCGCAAUGACAAGAGCAAAACCAUCUUUGCACCACCAUGCUCGAAG